AUGGACCAGGGGCUGCCCUUCAAAAGCCCAGGAGUCCUCAGGAUUUUGCAGGCAACUGACCCUUGGUGUGGUGACUCUGACUCUGCGUUUUUUCCACUACUAGGUGGGGCACAGCCUUAGAUACCGGCUUGGGUGUGUGUAUGAUUGCUACAGAGGCAGAUGUAUCUUGGUGGUCUUUAAGCUCUCUGAGGUCAAAGAGGCCUUGUAAAGUAGGAGUGGCCUGGAGAGGCAAGUGGGGGCUGUUAGAAACACUCGCCCUGAGUUAGUGAUGCCCUGACCAUGCGUGUGCCCAUUCUGAUCUGGUGCACGGGCACAAGAUCUAGGAUUCUCAUCUCUUAAAACACUGCCGGAGGGCAAAGAGUAGAGCAGAUUGAGAAAGAUGGGUGUGAUGGGGUAGGAAGGCCAGCCACUGAGUCAGCUCCUGAAGUUACAAUGGCCAGGUCCUGAAGCAGUCACCUGGAAGACAGGAAUUGGCAAGAGCAUUUUCGGGGGGCAGGGACGGGAAGGCUAUCUGCAAAUUUUAGAGGCCAAGAGCUAUUUAGCCUCGGUUUUACUAGGCUCCACACACUCCUCCCAAGAUCCCAAACUUACCAAGAGUCCCCGAAACGGCCUUGCCUGUGAGCUGGGCACCAAGUACUGUAAACACGCCAGUCCUGGGUACGUGUCCUGACCUAGCUACUUCUGAACCUGACUCUACAGAAGCCCUUUCUUGUCUGAGGAUACAGAUCCCUUGCAUAUCAGCUGUGAGAGUCGGUUGGCCCGUGCUUCCUGGGCUGGCCUGCAACCCACUAUGUAGGUAGGCCAGAUUGGCCUCGGACCCGAUUCUCUUGCCCUUCCCGUGCGGCGCUAGGACCGCGUGCAUGCUCCAACACAAGGCUUGAGCAGACCCAUCUUAGUAGUUGCCAAUGGGUGUCUGCAGUCGGGCCUCCUAGCACAUAGAAUGCUUGCUAAUGCUUCUAUCCGUGUGAAAAAAAUAAGGUGCUCCCUGUCUGUUUUUUCAUUGGGUAGAAAAAAAACAGAUGAAGACCAGGUGGGCAGGGGAGUGCAGUCAAGGGGAUGCAUGAGUGCAUCUGCACCCUGUAACCUCUUUUCAGCGAGGAGCAUCCAGGGAACUCACUGUCUUAAGAUUGGUAAAGUUUACCUUAAAGCCUUCCUGACGUUUCCCCACAAGACUGUCAAGCUCUGCUCCCUACCCAGCCCUGUGGUGAGAGCCAGGGACCCAGAUGGAGAUGAGGUCCCUGCCAGCCUGGAGCUCAUCUGGUGGGCAGGGAGGUGGGUGGGAACAGUAGCACCUGGUGUAUUCAGCAUUGUGGGCGGACAGGGCUGAGACUGAAGGUACAACACUAAGCAGUGGUCCCUUGGCCCCAAAAGUGGCCAUCUGUGCCCAGGCAGAGCUGAAUGGACAGCUGAACUUCGGUUGGGAAAGGACUGGUUGAAAGAUCCAGUUAAUCUUUGAGGUUGUUCACAUGCAGCCAGUUUUGGAAGCUCUACAUGAGCUCUACUGGAGGCUGGGAGGUCCCUGAGGGUUUUAAGGGCCUGAACCACCUUACACAGAGCACCCUAGUCUAACCUGGGCAAACCAUUCUCUACUAUUCCCAUCCAUGUGGGUUAGGUGGUGGUGGGCUUACACACACACAUGCACAUACGGCACGUGGGCAUAGCUGAGUGGGACAGGUGCUUUUCUAGCAUGUGAGAGGCCUGCCUUUGGCCCCCAGUACGAUAAGGGAAAAACAAGUCAACUCAAAGGGUCAAGGCUCCUGUUAGCUGCUAAAGUCUCCCAGGAGAUAUGGCUGCCAGGGAGAUGUAAGGCACCCCAGCUGGCUGUCCUGCUUAACCCUUGAGUCCCUGGAACCCUGGCCAAGUUAGAAGCCAGUCCAGAGUAUUGCGGGACAGAAUUGGUUAGAGGCUUACCUUUGAUGGCACCCAUGGCUUGGGAGGGAGCAAUGAUUACCCCCCUGAGACCCGCUCAAGGAAGGGACUAACCACUAGGCUGCUGUCUGGACUAUAUAUCCCUCCCCGCCCCCAAGGCAUGAGUUAGUCCUAAAUGGCCCCCCAGUGCGUUUGUGUUCACUUGCUCACUUCUUUUUACUAGAGUUUCUCUCGGGACGGGUGGAGCUGUUGGGGGCCAUCCAUGCCACCAUUUGGGGGCAGUGUGCCUAACGCCAGCCUUGGGAACGCCUGGGACCAACUGACAGAAGCCAGUUCAGUCCUGGAAUCACUGGCUUUAUGUGCUCUUUCCCCUUGACUUCCAGUUUAAGAUCCUGGCUCUCGCCAGACAGUGGUGGCGCGCGCCAUUAAUCCCAGUACUUGGGAGGCAGAGCGCAGCCUGGCCUAUAGAGUGAGUUCCAGGGCUACACAGAGAAGCCCUGUCUCGAAAAACCAAAAAGAAAAAAACGGUUCCUGUCUCUCUGAGCCUCAACUGUCCCAGUUGACACGAGGGAAAGUGCUUUGGGGAGUUCACCCUUAAUGCCAUAGACAAGUUGAAGUAGAAAGGCAAGCACAGCAGUGUCAAUGAAGAUGGAGCUGGCUCUAGGCAGGAUCCAGUCCCUUGGGAUGAGCAUGCCCAGGAAACCUGAACAGUCUAGCAUUCAGGUGUCUGUGAUGCUUCUCAGUAGGUAUGUUGUAGGAAUGUAGACCUGGAACAGAGUGGUUGGGGUCUUGAGUUGGGAGGAAGCCACACUGGGGUGCCGACUUCAUCUAGUCCCUGCCCCCAUUACCUGUGUCUGAAUAUUCCCAGGUUGAGCUGUGUGAGUCUCUGGGUUUGUUACCUCAGCUGCUCCGCUCGCUAGCAGCCGGCGUCUAUGGCCGCCAAGCUGCCGGUAUGUCCUUCACCCCCAGCCCUUUGGGUAGCCUGUUGCCUGGGAGCUGUACGGAGUGUACCUUUUCUGUAUUGGGGUGCCCUUGGAAUUGCGAGCCCAUAUCCUCUGCCGCGUCUGGGUGCGGCAGGUGGGUCCGGAGUCCUACCCACCCCUUCCCUCGCAGCAGCCUCGGCGGCGUGUGGCAGGGGGUGGGGGGUGCCUCUGUUGGCUGCGCGCGCGCGCACGCCAGGCUCAGCACGCGCCCGUGCGCGCGCCCCGCGCCUCCAGCCCAGCGCUCGGAGCGGCUUUCGUUGCCACUGUCUGCUCCCCGGAACCGCUGCCUGCUCCAAGCUUGGGGUUCUGUUCGCUGGGCUGCUUGCCCCGAGGCAGGAAGACGAGUUCGAGGAGGAUGCCUGGGCCCGUCGCUCGCGGCCCCGGGUGAAGCAGGCCUGCGCCGGCCGGCGCCAUGGAAAGGAGCGGGAACCACAGUUGCCUCCCGCCGGCAUGCGCGCCUAUUGAGCCCCGCCGCAGGCAGCCCCCGGCCGCAGGUCCCCGAGUGACACUGGCGGCACCUGGGAGCGUGGCGCGGCCCCGGGGCCACGCCGAGGAGCCCAGCGUCCAGUAAAGCUGCCGAGGACCUGCCGCUUGUGCCGCAGCCAUGGUGAUGUCCCAGGGCACCUACACGUUCCUCACGUGCUUCGCCGGCUUCUGGCUCAUCUGGGGUCUCAUCGUCCUGCUCUGCUGCUUCUGCAGCUUCCUGCGCCGCCGCCUCAAACGGCGCCAGGAGGAGCGACUGAGGGAGCAGAACCUGCGUGCCCUGGAGCUGGAGCCCCUCGAGCUUGAGGGCAGCCUGGCUGGAAGUCCUCCCGGCCUGGCGCCGCCGCCGCCACCACACCGCAGCCGUCUGGAGGCGCCCGUGCACGCGCACUCGCACGUGCACGUGCACCCGCUGCUGCACCACGGGCCGGCGCAGCCGCACGCGCACCCGCACCCACACCAUCACGCACUGCCGCACCCUCCGCCGCCGCACCUCUCCGUGCCGCCCCGGCCCUGGAGCUAUCCGCGCCAAGCGGAAUCGGACAUGUCUAAGCCGCCGUGCUACGAGGAGGCGGUGCUGAUGGCCGAGCCGCCGCCGCCCUACAGCGAGGUGCUCACGGACACUCGCGGCCUCUACCGCAAGAUCGUCACGCCCUUUCUGAGCCGCCGCGACAGCGCGGAGAAGCAGGAGCAGCCGCCUCCGAGCUACAAGCCUCUCUUCCUGGACCGGGGCUAUACCUCGGCGCUGCAUCUUCCCAGCGCCCCGCGGCCCGCCGCCCCCUGCCCCGCCCUCUGUCUGCAGGCGGACCGCAGCCGCCGGGUCUUCCCCAGCUGGACCGACUCUGAGCUCAGCAGCCGAGAGCCCCUGGAGCACGGAGCUUGGCGCCUGCCCGUCUCCAUCCCCUUGUUCGGGAGGACUACAGCCGUAUAGAGGGGCGCCCGGCGUCCCGAGCCCCACGGGCGAACUCCUAGCCUGACUGCGAGGCUUUUUAAAAUGCUUCCCUUGGACUGCAGGGAGGGGCGGGGGGAGGGAGGGAUUUCUUACCCUGUUUGUUACAUUUUGAGGAUAAUAAAGGUGUGUGAUUUGCUUU